CUUAUAUGUGUCACUCUCACAGUCAGUGAAAAAUGCUUUAGCCCUUUUCACAUUUCCGCCUGUCGGAAACUGACAAAGAAAAAAAAGGAACAAGCAACGGUGACACAAGUAGCAGAGACCACAACCGAAAACAGGCGAAACAGCUAAACCUUCUUACAGAAAACCUAGGAAACUUCUUCUAACAUCUUGACAGAGGCACAGGGGGUCCCCAGUUUGCAUUUCUCAAAACCUUGGACAAGGGAAACUGACGUAUGGCGGCGUGGGACCUGUCAGUCAUAGUGGAGGACCUGGGGCCUGAUGCCCCACCCGUCACCAUCAGCGUGGCCUCUGACCUUCAUGUCGGAGGGGUUAUCCUCAAGCUGGUGGAAAAGACACAGAUCAAACAGGACUGGUCAGACCAUGCGCUGUGGUGGGAGCAGAAGCAGCGGUGGCUGCUGCGGACAGCCUGGACUCUGGAGAAAUACGGCAUCCACGCUGAUGCCCGGCUGGUCUUCAUGCACCAGCACAAGCCCCUGAAACUGGGUUUGCCCAACGGCAUUACCUUAAGGCUCCGGGCCUGCUUCUCCAACCCUGUCUUCCAGACAGUGAUGGGCAUCUGCAGAAUGCUCAACAUUCGUCACCCUGAGGAGCUCUCCCUUCUUCGGCCUGUGGAGGAGAAGAAAAAGAAGAAAGACAAAGAUUUGGCAGCAGAGAUCUACGACCUGACUGAGGUGCCCCUUUCCUCGGUGUCCCGGCCCUGUCUGUAUAACGGCAUGCCCGCUCACUUUGCCGACUCACCGCAGAUGGAGGCCAUCUACAAGAUGCUGUCAGUCACUCAGCCUCCCCCCACCCCUGAGGUCAUAGCCAAGCAGUACCGCCCAGCCAGCGUGGUGGACAAGGCUCACAUCAAUGGCAGGUGGUUGGACUCGUCCCGCUGUCUUCUGCAGCAGGGCAUCCAAGAGAAUGAUAAACUCUGGCUUCGCUUCAAAUACUAUGCCUUCUAUGAUAUAGACCCCAAGUAUGAUGUUGUACGUCUGACUCAGAUCUAUGAGCAGGCACGCUGGGCCAUCCUGCUGGAGGACAUCGACUGCACUGAAGAGGAGAUGAUGCUGUUUGGAGCUCUGCAGUAUCACAUCAGUAAGGUGGCUCAGUCUGAGCCCCAGAUCCUGAGCAACAAUGCAGCCAUGGAUGACCUGGACUCUGCCCUGCAGUCCCUGGAGGUCAAGAUGGAGGGAGAAGGCAGCUCUGCAUCUGAUUUGCUGGAAAAUAUGACAGCACCAGAACUCACUGACUACCUGAAGAUAUUUAGGCCGAAAAGACUGACUCUGAAGGGAUACAAGCAAUACUGGUUCAAGUUCCAGGAUACCUCCAUUUCUUACUUCAAGAGCAAAGAGGAGAGUAUAGGAGAGCCUAUUCAACAGAUUAACCUCAAAGGAUGUGAGGUGGCUCCAGACGUUAAUGUGGCAGCACAGAAGUUCCUUAUCAGACUUCUGAUUCCAGCACCUGAAGGCAUGAAUGAGGUCUAUCUUCGUUGUGAAAAUGAGCAGCAGUAUGCUCAGUGGAUGGCGGGGUGCCGGUUGGCCUCCAAAGGCAAGACCCUUGCUGACAGCAGUUUCCAAAGUGAGAUCCAGAGCAUCCGCUCUUUCCUGGCUAUGCAAAAGACCAACUCCAGUUCUAGCAAUACAAAUGCCAGCGAGGAAAGCAUCAAUCCUCACAGUCUGGUGUCACCACGCUACCAUAAGAAGUACAAACCCAAACAGCUGACCCCUCGAAUCCUGGACGCGUACCAGAACGUGGCUCAGCUCUCCCUGACAGAUGCACUGAUGCGCUUCCUGCAGAUCUGGCAGGCCCUGCCUGACUUUGGGCUCUCAUACGUCGUUGUCAGGUUCAAGGGUAGCCGGAAAGAUGAGGUACUCGGCAUUGCUCCCAACCGCUUGAUCCGCAUUGACCUUGGUGUGGGUGAUGUAGUUAAGACUUGGCGCUACAACAACAUGAAGCAGUGGAACGUCAACUGGGACAUUCGACAGGUGGCCAUUGAAUUUGAAGGGAAUGUGAACAUUGCCUUCAGUUGUGUGACUGCUGACUGCAAAAUCGUUCACGAGUUUAUCGGAGGCUACAUUUUCAUGUCGACACGCAGUCGGGAGAAGAGCGACACACUCAAUGAGGAGCUAUUCCACAAGCUGACCGGUGGCCAUGAAGCUCUCUAAGACUGAAACACAAAAGCACAAACGGCGGAUCCUUAACAGCCUCAUCAGAUCUCCUGUUUCAGUGGAAAACCAGGACUUCAUGUUCAAUUCAAAUAGCCAGGAAAAAAAGAUAAAGAAAUGGUCAAAAUAAGAUAUUGUUUUACUGUAAAUGUGUUAGAAAUGCAUAACUACAUCAGGUUUACCAUUCACACAUCAGUGGAUGCUAAACUUAACACGCUCCGACAUGUUCCAGACUCCAGCGGACGUCAUGCUGACUUCCCCCUCCCUACAGGAUGGACUACUGCUGGGCCAAUCUGCUGGGCUUCUGGUCCAGGUUCAGAAGGCUUCACAAUCAAACUCAAAGAAAUGUAAAAUCAGCAGCUGAAACAGCCAACUCUAACUUCUAACUGCUUUCUGAACACACUCUGUCAAGAAAUGUAAUCAGCAUUGUUCGGUACAGAAAUCCAGUCCAGUGUUACUUAGAU